GCAAGCGACCGUGGAGCCCAUUGGUAUGGGUCUCCGGAUCCAGGUGUCAAACAUACAGACGGCGUUUUACAUCAUACUGGUUGUGAUUGGGAUCCUGGGAAAUGCGGCGAUCAUUGCUGUGAUUGGUGAGGGUGUUAUCAGGGACCAAGGUGCAGGUCGCAGCUCGGACAUGAUCCUGGUGAACAUGGCCUUCUCCAACCUCAUGGUGUCCAUCACAAGGAACGCCCUGCUGGUCAUAUCAGAUCUGGGAGUUGAGCUGUACUCAUCCAAGGAAUGGUGCCAGUUCCUCAUGGGCCUGUGGGUGUGGCUGCGCUCCGUAAACGUGUGGUCCACCUUCUUCCUCAGCGCGUUCCAUUUCCAGACCCUCCGGCGCAUCACUCCCAUCUCUGCCAACAGAGGCCCGUCCAAAUUUGUGUUCUUCGUCUUUGCCAUCAUCUGGAUCAUCAACCUGCUGUAUGCCGUCCCUGCUUUUAUCUUUUCAACCAAUGGGAGCAGGAACUCAACAGAGACUCUAAUGUUGGUGAGCAGCACCACACGCCCUCUGCUGGGCUGCGUGUGGAACUUCCCCAGCUCCUACAGCGGCCUGGCCUAUGCCACCACCUCCAUGGUGAUCCACGAGAGCCUGCCCAUCAUUCUGAUGAGCUUCACCAACCUGGGCUCGCUGCUGACGCUCUACGCCCACCGCCGCUCCAUCCUGAACACGCAGAGGAACCCAGAGGCCCCCGUCAUCAAGAGGGUACCGGCCGAGAGACGCGCUGCCAAGGUGAUUCUGGCUCUUAUCAUGCUGUUCAUCUCUUCCUGGGGUACUAGUAUCAUCUCCGUUAACUACUUCAACUACAACCGUGGCUCGUCUACAGAGUUUCUGUUGAUUAUUGCUCGCUUUGCCAAUAUCACCUUCAUUGCGCUGUCGCCCAUUGUCCUUGCGGUUGGACACAGACGAUUGCGAGCCGUUCUGAAGGCAAUGAUCUCUUACUGAAGGCUGGACCCUCGCACACC